AUGAAGAAGUGGUUGGAUGUCCUUGAAGACGUGGCGAUGGGUGUUUAUACCACGAGUGAGGUCGACAUCCUGCCCCUGGACAAUGCGCCGACGGUGGAGCGUGUGCUGCGCAUAGGGAAAGGCGAACCGGUAAAGGCGCUGGCGUAUUUCCGUAGAAAGGAUUACCCAGACAAUUGGGAUAGCCCAACCCCAACGACCAGCACAAGACUCAUGGAGAGGUUUUCAGCAGCAGAGUGCCUCCGCGAGUACGGUUCACGCUUUCAUGGGUGCCCGGCUCACUUGCGUUGCGCGGCGGAGUUGCGGGAAAAUCUCAUCAAGGCCGGAUGCCCGUGUAUUGGGGCGUGCGGUGUGCCCAUCCACCCAAAACCCAUUAUACUGUUUAUUAUUGAUGGCGUGGGCGACGCGACGUACGCGGAGCUCGGCUACCGCACGCCGCUGGAGGUGGUAGGCGGUGUGCCCCCGCGUGUGCUCCCUGGUGGCGAGCGGGCGGUGGAAGCCCCGUGCAACAUUGAUGCGUACGUGACUCCCGGCAUCAACGUGGUUGCGCAGAACGGCGUGAGCGGCUUAAUGGACGUGGUCGAGGCGGGUGUAAGCUGCGGCAGUGACACCGCACACCUCGCCUUGUUUGGGUACCCGCCAGCGCAGUACUACACGGGCCGUGGAGCGUAUGAAACACUCGGGGCAGGCCUGAUGUUGGACGACACAGACAUAGCCUUUAAGAGCAAUUUUGCUGUGAUCGAUGAGGAUACAGGGAUCGUGACGCACCGCCGCUGCGACCGCGACUUCACGCGUGAAGGACCACUGCUCUGCGAGUACUUGAACGGCACAACAAUUACUGGUGACGAGGAGGGCGAAUUCGAAGUGGUGCAUACACUGAAGGUUCAGUACGCCACAGAGCACCGCUGCGGUGUCGCCAUCACGGGGAAAGGGCUCUCGCACUUCAUUACAGGAACCGACCCGCUCAGCGACGGCCGUCCACUGCUGCACUGCAUGCCGACGGUGCCGCCUGACCAUGUUGAAUACUUGGCAGCACUCUACACAUGCCGCGUGGUGAACGCAGCGUCAAAGCGCAUCAGUAUGUCACUGCGUCACCACCCGAUCAAUGAAGAGCGACGACGGGAAGGGAAGCGAGCUGCCAACGUCGUGCUUCUGCGUGGGGCCGCUAAAAAAGGGUGGGUGCCACCGUUCGUCGUGCGCCACGGACUGCCAGGGUUCAUCGUCGCCCCUACCUGCAUCAUCCGCGGUCUGGCGAUUUGCUGCGGCCUCAAGGCACUACUUGCCGAAGGGGCAACAGGCGACUAUCACUCGGAUGUAAACGCCAAGGUUGACACGACACUACGGGAGCUCGGCCUACUUCCCGGUGUCAAGGCAAGCAAAGACAUAGGGCCGGACCACUCCAUCUUAGCUGUGAUCCACGUUAAGGGUGUCGACGACGCUGGCCAUGACAGAAGCCUUGAGAAGAAGCUGAUGAUGCUGCAGAGGUGUGGCGAGGCGAUGCAGCGUUUGUGGGACGCCCUCCCGGACGGCGCCACGAUGGCGGUGCUGGCGGAUCACUCUACACCUAUUUCCCUGGGUGAUCACAGCUGUGAGCCCGUCCCUGUUUCUGUCGCAACGAAGGGGAGCGGCUUUCACGAUGGUGUGGCGUAUUACAGCGAGAUUGAGAGCGGUCUUGGGGCGCUUGGGAGGUUUCGUGGAGAAGAGUUGCUAGGCAUCGUAAAGCGUGCUCACCACUGGUACCACUACAGCCCAGGGGGUGUGGCGGGUGGUGGCGACGGUGAGGGUCAGUAA